CAUUUUCCGUAUGUAAACAAUAACUCUUAUCCAACUCCUGUAAACUGCAAGAAGUGUAUCAUCACACAGCAAGUGUAGUGUCAAUCAACAACAAUGGCAGCGAUGUCAAUCACCAAAAACGCCAUUUUGAACCUCUCAAAGGCACUUCCUCGAACCCCUUGUCUGUUCCUUCGCCGCAACGUUUCCUUCUUCAAGGCUCUGCCUCAAACCCCUUCACUCAUAAUUCGCCACAAAGUAUCUCGCGUCUGCUUCUCCUCUGAGGGAUACCAUGCAUCGGAAGAUUUUAAAAGAAAAGACUUUGAUAGAGGUGUUAAAGAAGAGAAAUCGCCUAUGAGGGAGAUGGCUGAUAAGACGAAAGACGAUAUGAAAGAGUCGAUGGACGAAACUAAGCGGACAGCCAAAGACAUGAAAGACAAAACAAAGCAAAGCGCUGAGAGCAUGAAGGACAAGACCAGCGACAUGACCAGUAAGGUAGCAGAUAAAGCAAAAGAAGGGAAAGACAAGGCAGCCGAAAUGGCACGCGACACUAAAGAGACAGCGAAAGAGCGAGCACACGACAUGAAGGAGAAGACUAAAGAGACUGCAGGGUCCAUGGCUGAUAAGACGAAAGAGUACACGCACGAUACGAAAGAGGCGACGAAAGAAGGGGCGAGCAAAGUUGCGGAGACGGCACAAGCAAUAGCUGAUAAAGCUAAGCAAGCAAUGCAGGAUGCUGUGGGAGCGGCGAAGGAAACUACUCAGAAGAUCAAGGAAACUGUUGUUGGUUCGGCUGAUGAUGACAAGAAGUCCGUUGAUGAUUAUAUGGAAGAUCACACGGGUAAAGCGAAUGAAGAUACAAGGGAGAAAACGAUGGAUGAAGAUGUCGUGGAGCUUAGGAGGCGUGCAGGGGGGUCUGGUCAUGAUCACAAGAAACAUUGAGACGUGAAAAGGCUAGUUGAAGUUUUAUUUAAAUAAAUUUAGUGAAAAGCUUUUUGCUAAUAUGAUGUUGAAACGUCUCGUCUCCUUCCUUUUGCAUAUAUUUGUAUACACGGGCAUCUAUCUGAUGAUUUUCUAGUUUUUUGUUUGUG